AUGGGCAUCUACGCGGCGCCCACGCUCAUGUCGCUCAUCGACGCCUCCUUCAUCGGGAGGGCGAGCACCGCUCAGCUUGCCGCUCUCGGCCCGGCCGGCUCGAUCUCCGACUCGGUGCCCUUCUUCCUCCUCUUCCUCUCGAUCGCGGCGACCAACCUCUGCUCCAAGGCCCACGCCAGCGGCGACCACGCCGCCGCCUCGCGCGUCGCGCGGACGGCGGUCCUGCUCGGCGGCGCCGGAGGCGUCCUCCUCGGCGCGGGCACGCUGCUCUGCGCCUCUUCGCUCUCGCGCGUCUACUGCGGCGCACAGGCCGCGCUGCUGGCGCCGCUGUGCGCCAAGUACGUCGCCAUCCGCGCGGCCGCGCUGCCGGCGGUGGUCGUCUCGACCGUGGCGCAGGCGGUCUGCAUCGGCGGCAAGGACGCGCGCACGCCCAUGCUGGCGGUGGCGCUCGCGGCGCUCCUCAACCUCGGCGGGGACUUCGUGCUCGUCAGCCGGCUCGGGUGGGGCAUCGCCGGCGCUGCGUGGGCGACGGCCUUAUCCCAGCUCGCCGCGAUGGCGCUGCUGCUCGGCGUGCUCGCCCGGCGAGGCCUCCUCUCGCCAGAGCCUCCCCCUCCCCCUCCAACCGAAGCGGCAGCCCUCCCGCCGCGCCCGCCGCGGCUGGCGACGGUGCGCGCGAUUCUCGGCUUCAUCCCAUUCGUCUUUGUGAUGGCGAUCAAGGCUGCGCCCCGCACCUCGUUCGACAUGGCCGCCGCGUGGCCGACACUGCGCCAGCUGCUCCGCUGCACCGCCACCAUCUCGACCGUGGUCGUCGGGCUGGCAGCCACCCUGCUCACCGCCGGGGCGGGCCAGAUCAGCUCCGACCCGGCGGUGCGCGAGCAGAUGCGGGCCGUGCUCCCGCUGAUGGCCGCCACGCUCAGCACACACGGGACCGCAAUCACGCUCGAGGGCGUCCUCCUCGCGCAAAAGGACUUCGCCGGCCUCGCCGCAACCUACACGGCCGUCGGCCUCUCCUGCGCCGCGCUGCUCGCCCUCCCCCGCCCCACUCCCUCAGGCGCGGGCUUGCUCGGCGUGUGGGGCGUCUAUGUGUGGUACUGCUUGCUGCGCGUCGUGCUCUUCGCGGGCCGUGGGUUUGGCUGGCGGGCGCUCAAGCCGACGCCCCAGGCGGCCGAGGCGGCGCCGGCACUCGGCUGA